AUGAAGAGUAUCACGGCAGAAGGAGAAGAAGCAGAAGCAGCCGGAACGAGAGCAGCCGAGGAGAAAAGUGAGCUUCGAGGAUUUACGCCGGUGUACCGAUUCCGCACUCUGGAUGUGUUCCCCAGAUCCCUUCGCCAUACACCAUCUUCGUCUUCUUCUGUCUCUUCCUUCGCCACCUACAAUGCCAAGGCCGACAACAAAAACAACAAUACAAACAAAAAUGCAUUGGAUGCGACAACAACAACAACAACAACAACAACAACACGAACAGGAGCCAACUACUAUUAUCGGCAUCGCCUCCGCCGCGUCCUGUCUGUCGAAUUUAUCCACGACAUCGAAGCAGACACCAUUGAUGUCCCAUGGUCCUCGUCCUCGCCGCCCUCGCCUCUUCUGACGCAGUCGCCCCUGUCGCAGCAACAAGAUGUCGAAAACAAACGCGAACACAAGAUUGAGCAUGAGCAUGAGCUUGAGCAUGGUCCACCACAACAAGAGCAAGAACAUCAGGCCGACUACCUUACCGCAGCCCCUGCAGCUGCACACGCAUCGCCGAUUCCACUUCGUCCUGCCCUAACCCACAGACCGCCGUUUGAGCCGAAUCCGAUUCAGAUCCACGACUUCCAAAGCCUUUCUGUUCUCGACCACGACGAAGACGACGACGACGACGACGACGAUGCCAGUACUGUUCUAUUCGAGCCCUCCAAUCAAGAACCCACUAAGCAAGACGAUGUCACGUCAGUCCCUGCCUCUCUCGAUGUCGCGACGACCUUAGUCAAGACGGAAAUAGCUUCCUUGUGGACGAACCAGUCUUGUUCCUCCUUGUCAUCAUCCUCGUCCUCGCUGAUAUUGUCUUUGUCGGAGACGACCUCGGCCCCUAAUUUAGACCGAGAGUCCUCCGUCGUCUCAUUCCUCCCACUCCCACUCCCAGUUCCCGUCAAGUUUGUCUCUGCGCAGGGUCCUGGGCGAGUGCUUGAGCAGCCGAGUGACCAAUCAGCGUCGUUGGAGAAGAAGGUUCAUCAAGCAACAGCCCCUAUUUCAGGAACAGAGUGGAGUACCUCGAACACUUCUGACAAGGAAAAGGAGGAAGACGAGGGAAGAAAUUUAUUCUUACCCCCUCCUGCUGAUAUUACUCCCUCCCACAGCGACAGCCAUGGAGACAAGCACCAGCUCAAGGACCAACACGUGAGCCGUCUUUGGCCAGUUCUUCCGUAUGACCUCGAGGUCAAGGCUGCGCUUGAUGAAUGUCUCGGCGACAUUUACCAUUUCACCUCAUCCGCGCCAAACUCUGCUGCCAACAGCCGAUACUCUACGAGGACUUCGCAUGAUGACGCCAAGUCUGUCUAUCAGUAUGAAGGGCCCAUGGACGAAGGCUGCGACGUUUACCACGACUACCAGGCUCCGCUCCCAUCCCCUCCGCUCCUGAAGGGCGUUGUUGCGACGACGACUGUCACGACCGCAGUUGCGGAUGCCGUCCGUGUGGAUCAAGACAAGUCUUCUGCAACCUCAUCUCCGCAGCAACUCUACCAGCAACUGCUCAGUUCAUCUCCGCCAGUAGCUUCGUCUGCCGGGUCUACAAAGUCGCUGUUGAUUGCUUCCACCCUCCCUCUUCCUCCAGUCGCGAUCCUUGUCCUUGACCGAAAAGAACCUAUCCGCGCCGCCGAGGUCACCGAAGAUCUCGACUCCAAGGACCUCCCUCCUGUUCUCCUUCCCGGCCAACAAGAAGAUCUAGUCGAACAGUACCCUCGCGCGAUGACCGUCAAGCGCGCAAGCACCACCGAGGUCCUCGACAAGGGUUUCCUGAACGGCCUGUUCGCGGGAACAGUCUCCCGGUGGACUAGACCGACCCCGACUACUGCCCCAGUCCCUCCGAUUAUGAUCACGACCUCUGCGAUGGCGUCGACCACAUCGCCUCUAUUGCGGCAUGUGAACCGAGGACGUGGGCUAGCUGCUCAGUCGGGGGAUUUGGGGGAUAUGGAUCCCUUCUGGGACUUUUGA